AUGUGUCGCCUCAUUCAUUUAGCGAUAUUUCUCGCUCUUUUUACCGUCAAAGUGGCCUCCCAAAGCAGCUCAGACUCACUCGACAUACCCGACCGCAUCUCACCCCGGCCCCCUCUCUCACCAAAGCCAACCUGCCCAACGGCCAAUGGCACGACUUACACAGCCAAAAACGGCUCCGACUUCCGAAUUCUCUGUGGGCUUGAUUUCUUCCUCAACGACCUACACAAUAAUUACGCCUCCACUUUCGCUGCCUGCCUUGAUCUCUGCGGCGCGACACUAGGAUGCAAGGGCGUCUCGUACGCGGACAUCACAGCGGCAUGUUACAUGAAGAACACCACCAAAGACGUACCUCGCGUUAAGAGCAUAGAAUGGAGCGCGUUUCUGGUAUCUGAAGGAGACGACAAUUCCACACUUCCCACGAACUGA